AUGUGGCAAAAUGCAAAUUUUGUGCUGUCAAAUAUAACAAAUAGUUAAGAAAAUACUAAAGGUUUUGAUUGUUUAGAGAAGAAGAGAUUAGUGGAUGAAUUUAUGGAAGAAGAAACAAGAAAUAAUUAUAGUGAGGAGGAAGAUAUGAAUAAAGAGUAGACAAAAGAAUUUGAUCCUCAUGAAUGGAGUUUAAGUAGAUUUGAAAUGGGUCGUUAUUUAGGUAAUGGCAAAUUUGGACAUGUAUAUUUGGCGAGGUAUUCAUUUUUGUUUAUAUCCAAUUAGGGAGCGUGAGAGUAAAUUCAUAGUAGCUUUGAAAGUUAUCAGCAAGAGACAAUUAAAUUUAUGUUAAUUAACAGGUUCAUUAACUAGAGAAGUGGAAAUUCUUAGUCAUUUAAGACAUCCAAAUAUAAUUGGAUUUUAUGGUUUUUUUUAGACUUAAAAAAGAGUAUAUUUAAUGUUGGAAUGGGCACCUCUAGGUGAUCUUUAUGGAUUAAUGAAGAAAUAGACUAAUAGAAGAUUUAGUGAAGAAAUGGCAUCAAAAAUUAUUUAUUAAAUCACAAUGGCAAUUGGAUACAUGCAUUAAAUGAAUGUAAUUCAUAGAGAUUUGAAACCAGAAAACAUUCUUUGUUUUCAUAAUGAAAUCUUUAAGAUAGCUGAUUUUGGAUGGAGUGUACAUACUCCAUCUAAUAGAAGGAAGACGUUAUGUGGUACUCUAGAUUAUUUAUGUCCUGAAAUGAUCAAUUACUAAUUCCAUGAUAAUCGAGUGGAUGUAUGGACUAUUGGUGUAUUGGCUUAUGAAUUAGUUGUAGGUAGGUAUAUUGUUUAUAAUAAUUAUUUAGGCAGACCUCCAUUUGAAUCUAAUAAUGAAUAAGAUACAAAAAAGAAGAUUAUGAAUUUGAUGUUCUAAUUUCCAAAUUGGUGUAGUAAAGAUUUUUUAAAUUUUGUGAAAGGAAUUCUCUAGCAUGAUUGCAAUAAGAGACCUUCAAUCAUAUAAAUAUUAAAUCAUCCUUGGAUCACAAAAUGA